AUGGACUGGUUUCGUCCUGCUUACAUCUGGUUCGUUCUUUUAGCUCUCUCGACAAAUUUAUGUUUCAACAACAAUUCUUUGGCUCAAGACUCUAAGCCGGGGCCGGAAACGGCGUUACUGAUUCGGGAACUGUUGGAAUCGGCAAAGGAAAGCGAGUUCUUCGAUUGGCUCAAAAGGGUCCGGAGGCGAAUUCACGAGUAUCCGGAGCUAGCAUUUGAAGAGUACAAGACGAGUCAACUGAUCAGGGAUGAGCUUGAUGCGAUGGGCAUCCAGUACACGUGGCCGGUGGCGAAAACUGGGGUGGUGGCAACAAUUGGGUCUGGCGAUCAACCUCUGUUUGCUUUGAGAGCUGACAUGGAUGCCCUACCCAUCCAGGAAUUGGUUGACUGGGAGCACAAAAGCAAAAUAAAUGGCAAAAUGCAUGCCUGUGGUCAUGAUGCUCACGCUACAAUGCUGCUUGGAGCAGCUAGACUGAUUCAGAAUAGAACAAAUAUUCUCAAGGGUACUAUUAAGCUUGUUUUUCAACCUGGAGAAGAGGGUCAUGGGGGUGCAUAUCAUGUCCUGAAAGAAGGAGUUCUCGAAGGUGUUCAAUCAAUUUUUGCCCUACAUGUGGCGCCGGAGAUGUAUGUAGGUUCUAUAGCCUCCAGACCUGGGCCAUUGCUGGCUGGAGCAGGAAGGUUUUUAGCUAUAAUUAAAGGGGUAGGAGGACAUGCAGCAGCACCCCAUAAAACGAGAGAUCCAAUUGUUGCUGCCUCCAUGGCAAUUAUUGCACUCCAGCAGAUUGUUUCCCGAGAAAGUGAUCCUCUGGAUGCCAGGGUUGUCUCUGUAACUUUCGUACAGGGAGGUGAAGCAGGAAAUGUGAUCCCUGAGACAGUCAAGUUUGGGGGCACUUUUCGAUCCAUGAGUGCUGACAGCUUUUCUUAUUUGCUCCAAAGAAUCAAAGAGGUAAUAGAGACUCAAGCGGCUGUACACGAUUGUGCUGCUACAGUUGAUUUUAUGGAGGAGACCUUGAUACAUUACCCUCCAACCAUAAAUGAUCUUUCAAUGUAUGAACAUGCUAGAAGGGUGGGAGAAAUAUUAUUAGGGGAAGACAAGGUACAUCUUGUGGGGCAGACAAUGGGUGCCGAAGAUUUUAGCUUUUAUGGGCAGAAGAUUGCAGCCACAAUGUUUUUGAUCGGAGCAAGAGAUGAGAACUCGGAUACAAUUACCGCGUUGCACACACCUUACUUGGAGAUAGCUGAAGAAACUCUUCCUAUAGGAGCAGCUCUUCAUGCUGCAGUUGCAAUCACUUACUUGGAUGAUCAUGCACCGAAUCCGUAG